UUAUAUGUGCUUCAUACUGUUAUGAUCCGCCAGAUGGUGCUGCUGGCUGCCCACUUGACAGACCUACCCAAAGCAUGGAGUCUAAGUCCCGGUCUGUGCUUUCAUCAGGGCCCCUGAUGGUGGGGAUGGACUUGAAACAGACCAGGACCAGGUCACGACCUCUGAGCAGGGCCACCAGUGGCAGGGGGAACCUCUGGGGAUGUAUUGGUACCGGUAGAGCCAGAUGUGAGGAGGACGGCAGGGCCCAGCAGGAUAGAUUGCGAGCAGUGCGUAGUCAGACAAGCCGGGUCAAUAACAACGGGACAAAACAGUACAGAACAGUAGACAGAGAAUCACAGGUCACGGGCCGGGUUCAGCAACGGAAGGGCAGAUCA